AUGGUACCUGAGAACGCCUCCUCCACGACAGAGUUCAUCCUUGCAGGCUUAACGGACCAGCCUGGACUCCAGAUGCCUCUCUUCUUCCUGUUUCUGAUUUCCUACGUGAUCACUGUGGUGGGGAACCUGGGUUUGACCACAUUGAUCGGGUUGAAUUCUCACCUGCACACCCCGAUGUACUUCUUUCUUUUCAACUUAUCUCUCAUAGAUUUCUGCUAUUCCACUGUUAUCACGCCCAAAAUGCUGAUGAGCUUUAUCUCAAAGAAAAACAUCAUCUCCUAUCCCGGGUGCAUGACUCAGCUCUUUUUCUUUCUGUUCUUUGUCAUUUCUGAGUCCUUUCUCCUGUCUGCCAUGGCGUAUGAUCGUUUCAUUGCCAUCUGUAACCCACUGCUGUACACAGUCGCCAUGUCUCCCCAGGUGUGUUCCCUCCUCCUCUUGGGUGUCUAUGGGAUGGGCUUUGCCGGGGCCAUGACCCACACAGCGUGCAUGUUGAGACUGAUUUUCUGUGUGGACAAACUUGUCAACCACUACAUGUGUGACAUCCUCCCCCUUCUGGAGCGCUCUUGCACUAGUACCUAUGUGAAUGAGCUGGUGGUCUUUAUUGUUGUGGGCAUCGACAUUGGUGUGCCCACGGUCACCAUUUUUAUUUCUUAUGCUCUAAUCCUCUCCAGCAUCCUCCGCAUGCACUCUGCUGAGGGCAAGUCCAAAGCCUUCAGCACCUGCAGCUCCCACAUAAUUGCUGUUUCUCUGUUUUUUGGUUCAGGGGCCUUCAUGUACCUCAAACCGCCUUCUCUUUUACCUAUGAGUCAGGGGAAAGUUUCUUCCUUGUUCUAUACCACGGUGGUGCCCAUGCUUAACCCCUUAAUCUACAGCCUGAGGAAUAAAGAUGUCAAAGUUGCCCUGAAAAAAACCUUGAGUAAAAAUGUUUUUGCUCCUAAGGGGUGA